AUGCUAAGUCGUAAUAAGUUGCGUGAAAUUUUAAUGAAACAGCAUAAAGUUUUUCGAAAAAGCAAUGUGAAACCGUCUAAGAAAUCAAAUGGAAGAGGUAAAAGUACCAAUUUGAAAACUCAAAAUGAGAAAGUCUUAGUUGAGAAUAUAGAGAGCAACGAUACAAAUGCAAUGGAAUUGUUCGGACGACGUACUCCAGUCGAAUAUUUCACUUUAAUAGAGAAGGAUUUGCAUUAUAUUAAACCGAACGAGCAUACGGACUAUAGCAAACUGGAUAUAUUUCAUCGUGCUGUUAGUCCAAUUAUCGUUAUAGGCCAAUGCUUUGCGCUACUGCCAGUUCUCGGCGUGAGGCAUGCAAAUCCGCGUCACUUGCGCUUCUCAUUUCGAUCCUUCCAGGUGCUGAUCACUCUGAUAUUUUUGAUAGCCAGCUCUAUAUUUAAUCUUGCGAUAAUAAAACAUUUGGCAAAAAUUGGAAUAGAUGCAAAAAAUUUGGUUGGCAUCAUGUUUUUUACAUGCGUCCAAUCAUCAACAAUACUCUUCUUCUCGCUGGCAUAUCGAUGGCCACGUCUUAUUCGCCUUUGGACACGCACUGAAAUGAUUUUCAUACGAAAACCAUACGAAAUACCCAAAUGUAAUUUAUCAACUCGAGUGCGCCGCGCUGCCAUCGCAAUAAUUUCAAUAUCAGCAGUUGAGCAUUCAAUGUAUCUGAUCUCAUCGGGAAUCUCACAAUAUCGCAAGGCACAUAUUUGUGCCGCUGCUCAAAACACCACGUUUCACUUCACCUUCCAAGAGUUCACCUACAGGAAUUAUGACUACGUAUAUGAAUUGCUGCCAAAUACCAGAUUAGUUGGCGGUCUCAUUUUGGUUGUAAAUCUGGUUUGCACUUUCGUGUGGAAUUAUAUGGAUAUUUUCAUAAUGAUGAUAAGUCAAGGCAUCGCAUAUCGUUUCGAACAAAUAAAGAUGCGUAUAAACAGUUUGCUGGACAAGGAAGUACCUGAGACGGUCUACAUGGAGAUCCGCGAGCACUAUAUUAAACUAAUCGAACUACUCGAAUAUGUGGAUGAGGAUAUGUCAGGCAUUAUUUUACUAUCCUGCGCGAAUAAUUUAUAUUUUGUUUGCUACCAAUUGCUGAAUAUAUUCAAUAAACUACGGUGGCCAAUUAAUUAUGUAUACUUUUGGUUUUCGCUUCUCUUCUUAAUUGGACGUACGGCUUUCGUUUUUAUCACAGCAGCAUCCAUCAAUGACCAAGCAAAAGACGCAUUGGGUGUACUGAGACGAGUACCGGCGAGAACUUGGUGUGUCGAGGUGGAACGUUUAAUAUUUCAAAUGGCAACAACGACGGUGGCAUUAUCUGGCAAAAAAUUCUACUUUCUCACAAGGCGUUUACUAUUUGGGAUGGCAGGGACUAUAGUUACCUAUGAGUUGGUGCUGCUGCAAUUCGAUGAACCCAACCGUUCCAAAGGUCUGCCCGAUCUAUGUACAUUCAACUGGUUACACCCACAGAGCAUAGUGUUGAAAUUGUCGUCUGAGCCACCACCCGCCUGCCAUGUUCAUAUUUGCGAUUAUAUCCUACGAUCAAAACUUAAACUUUUGCCCGUAAUUGUGGCAUUUACAUUUUUGUACUCUGUGCGUGAGCGAGUGCCAGUAAAAGCCGGCAUGUCGCAGCAGCUGCAGGAUCAAACCUUCCACAAAUGUGUUUCCAAAGUACUCUUCAUAUCGCAAUUUUUCGGUUUAUUGCCCGUUUCGAAUCUAACCGCAGCUGAUGUGCAACGCGUUCAUUACAACUGGUGCAGUGUACGCACCCUGUACUCGGCGGUGGUAAUACUGCUAAAUUUCACAGAAUUUGGGACAGUUAUAUUUGCCGUGUUCAAAGCGGGAAUAUCUUUUCACUACUCAGGCACAAUAUCCUUGUUCGUGGUAUGCUUGCUGGAGCAUAUCUACUUUUGGCGUUUAGCUACAAAGUGGCCGUUCAUCAUACGCGAAUGGCGUCGCACUGAGGAGAUAUUCCUCCGUACACCCUAUCGAAUUUAUGCGACAUAUAAUAUGAAGGCGCGCAUUUACGCAUUAAGUUUUAUGGUUAUGUGCAGCGCACUCGUGGAGCAUUGCUUUCUUGUGUUCAAUUCCUUUCAUAAAAGCAAUUUAGAGCGUAUCCAAUGCAAGUUUAACGUUAGCUUCUGGGAGAGUCUCUACAGGCGGGAGAGACCACAUUUAAGUAAAUUUUUGCCGUUUAAUAUUUGGUAUUUGCCUGUGAUGGAGUGGAUCAAUUUAACGUUGGCUUACCCAAGGUCGUUUACUGAUGCCUUUAUCAUUUGCGUUAGCAUUGGCUUGGCAGCACGUUUUCAUCAGCUCCAUCUACGGAUCGAAGCGGUCCAUAAUAAGACACUUCCAACGCUGUUUUGGACCGAAGUUCGUGAACAUUUUCUGGAGUUGCUGCAUCUUAUGAAAUUAGUUAACGACAACAUAGCGCCAUUGAUACUAUUGGCAUGCAGCAAUAAUAUGUAUUUUAUUUGCUUUCAGCUAUUCAACAGUUUUCAGAAUAUUGGCGUUGAUCUGAUUGCUGUAAUCGCCUUUUGGUAUUCCCUGUUCUUUGCCAUUUCUCGUACUGCUCUCACACUUUUUAUAGCUUCUUCUAUAAAUGACUACGGUAAACGUAUAUUAGUGACUCUGCGUAGUGUACCGAGCACGUCGUGGUGUGCUGAGGCACAACGGUUCAGCGAGCAGUUAGCCUUCGAUUUAACGGCCUGGUCUGGAUGUGGUUUCUUCUAUAUAACGCGACAAUUAAUUUUAGCGAUGGCUAGCACAAUCUUCACGUAUGAGGUGAUGGUUUCAGAUGUCAUCAAUAAAGGGUCCAUUCAGCAGAUAACAAAUUAUUGCAAGCAGAUUGAGUACGAGCAUGAAAAUGAGUAAAUUUGGAAUAAGUUCCU